AUGAGAUGUUGGUGCGGUGCCCUGGCACUGCUCCCGUGGAUGCUGGUGGCCUUGGAGGCCCAGCUCAUCUGCUGGCAGGCCCUCCUACGCUGCCACGCCGAGCCCGAGUGCGAACUCGCCUACAGCCAGUACUUGGCUGCCUGUGAGGGCAACCUGCGGGGCACGAGGAGGCAGUGCCCCAGCCACUGCAUCAACGCGCUAAUCCGCCUCAACCACACCCGCAGCGGGCCAGACCUGGAAAGAUGCGAGUGCGCCCAGGACGCAGAGUGCCUGGGGGCCAAACGCGCCAUCGAGCCGUGUCUACCACGUCAGUACCCGGACGACGGCGACGGGGGGAUCGGUUGCAUGGAGGCCCGCAGACGUUGCGAGGAGGACAGCCACUGCCACGCUUCCCUGGCCGCGUACCUGUCUUACUGCGGACAGCUGUUCAACGGACGCAAAUGCUCUACCAAGUGCAAAGCCACGAUCCAGCAGAUGCUUUUCAUCCCUGAUGGGGCACUUCUCAACCGCUGCGUUUGCGACGGUGUGGAGAGGCCUUUCUGCGAGGUGGUCAAGGAGAACAUGAGCAAGCUCUGUUCCAUCGGGGACCACCACGGCAUCAAUGCCGAUCAGCCGGAUGUGGACGACAUGUACGAGGAUGAGGACUAUGACGCCAGGCAGGACAGAGAAGACGUCUACGGCGAGCACUCGGCGGCUCCCAGGUGGUUGUCUACAUUUAGGAUGCUCUUGGUGCUCCCUCUGGGAUUAAUCUGCUUGUGA